AUGGUAUCCCAAGGAGCUAAGCCCGAGGAGUUGAAUAAUGGCUCUGGCUCGGGUGCUCCUGAGAAGAUGACGAAGAGGGGACCUCCUGACCUGGCAACUUAUCUCCAACGGAUGGACAAGACCCCCCAUGGUCCAGCCCUUAGGGCGAUCCACGAACUGUUCAUCAAACGCGCUACUCGCGAUGAUGAUUUCCUUCGCAGGACCAAGAAUAGAUUGAUAGAGAUGUCUGUGGUCGCGUUCGAGAGGGCUGAGGUAAUUACCCAAGAUUGGAUCACUAGAUUCAACGAGAAGUACGAAGGUGUCGUUAAGGAGAGCUUGGGAGAAGAUCAUGACGUGCUGGAGAAGGAAAAGGCUGUUCUCGCUAGCAACACCCAGACCUUGGUGCACCGGCAGCUCAUUAACUUGCAAGACCUUCUUAAGGCUGAGAAAGAACGCUCCAAGAGGCUUCUCAACAGAACUGAAAAGGUGGUAUAUAAAAAACAUCUGGCAACUAAGGCGGCUGAUGACAAGGAGCUCUUGAAGCUUUUCAUCAAAUUUUAUGGAACUUAA